AUUUCCAUGAGCAAGAGAGUAGAAAAAUGCCCCUACUCUCUGCAAAUCUAAAACCCUGUUAGAGACUCCUCUACCAAAACCCCACUCCCCAAUUUUCCAAAUCCAAAAGAUGAACAACUUGAUCAAGCUCAGCUCGGCCGUGAGAUCCCUCCGCCAUUGUCAGUCCCCGGCGGCGGUGACGACGGUCCGGACACUCACAACCUGCUCUUCGCUCCUCCGCAACCGCUCCAUCGGCUCCUCCUCUCCAUCUUCUUCAAUCGUUCCGGCGCGCAGCUUGCUCGGCGGCGUUCGUCACUUCCGCGGCAGCGGCAACAGCGAUUCUCGGAACCAUGAGAUUGCUCCACCAAUUAACUGGGGGAUUCGGAUUGUGCCGGAGCGUAUGGCUUUUGUGAUUGAGCGCUUGGGGAAGUAUCACACCACGUUGCGGUCUGGAAUCCAUUUCUUGAUUCCAUUUGUCGACAGGAUCGCUUUCGUGCAUUCGUUGAGGGAGGAGGUCUUCAAUGUGCCAGACCAGACAGCUGUCACUCUGGACAAUGUCAGGAUUCAGGUUGAUGGUGUCAUUUACCUUAAGAUUGAGGACCCCCACCUAGCCUCAUAUGGAGCUGCACGUCCUUUCGAUGCAGCUAUUCAAGUUGCUCAGGGGAUUAUGCGUUCUGCAAUUGGGAAGCUUACUCUUGACAAUGCAUUCAAGGAAAGGGAAAACCUAAAUGAUGAGAUAGUGAGGGUUGUUAACGAAGCUGCAACAGCAUACGGCUUGAAGUGCAUCCGAUAUGUGCUAAAGGACAUAACUCCUCCUCUUACGGUGAGGCAAUCGAUGGAAAUGCAAGCUGAUGCAGAACGGAAAAAGAGAGUUAAAAUUCUCGUGUCUGAAGGUGAAAGGGAUGCCGCCAUUAACCAAGCUGAAGGGGAGAGGCGUGCUGCAUUUUUGGCUGCAGAAGGAGAACUAGCCAAAGCAGAUGCUGCUUCUAAAGGGAUCUCACUUGUUUCAAAGAGUCUUAUGGAACAUGGGGGUGGAGAGGCUGCUGCUUUGAAAGUCGCUGAGCAGUAUGUUAUGGCCUUUGGAAAUAUUGCGAAACAGGGCACCACAAUCUUGCUUCCCAAUGAUCCUACCGGUGUCUCCUCCAUGAUUUCUCAAGCCCUUACUCUUUACAAAAGGUUGGGUGGGGAUCCGACAAAUGGAUCAACUGGAGGCUUUAAGGCUGUUACACCCUCUGAAGAAUCUCAGCAUGCAACUAAGUUGACUGAUGAAACAGUUGAUGAAGAUAAGGCUUCAAAGAAGGUGACUGAUGCACCUGGGUUUUCGCUUCAAAACCGCAAUUAAAAUAUAGGUGAUUUUUCUCAAUAUCACUAUCAGAGCAAUUUUUGAUCUUGACAGCAGACUUGUCCAUUUUAAUAUGAGCUGUAAUUCACUACAAGGUAUUAACAUCCGUGCUAUCAGAAAUAGGGACUAAUCCUGAGAUUGAAACUUGUGUUUGGGUUGGAACUUGGAACUGAUUCAACAAUGAUAUUAACUCUUUGAUCAUCAAUUAGGUGAA